AUGACCGUUCAGACCACCAACCCGCAAGAGCAGCAGGAAAGCCACAACAAAGAAGAAAAUGACUCCACUUUACACACGUUAUUCAGUGAUAACUCUGAUGCUACAUCUUUGGAGUCUGCAGACGAGCUAUCCGAAGCUGUAGUUCCUUCUCUGCUGGCCGAAGAAUGUCCGCCCGUUAAACGUUGAUGUGCUCCACAGGCUCGAAGGGUCCAGAGAGGGAGGAAAAGAAAAUAGUCAUUGACUUAUGUAUACCUAGUUGUACAUGGCUCUGAGGCAAGUAAAAUAACAAAAGAAUGGUCGUGAACUCAUCCAACUUGAUCUGGAAGUUGAAUGUAGAAUAUAGGAAUGGCGCGUCAGUGGCCGCAUCAAGGAUCGUUAGUGCCGCGUCAAGGCUCGUCAGUGCCGCGUUACAUGCGCGUCACG